ACGUUCUUUUUUAUAUACUACUUCCGGUGCUAAGGUGACUCUGCGAAAUGAAUUGUCUUUUGCUGAAUUUGCAAAUCGCUCGAUAGUAAAAGGAAAUAGCGUUGUUGCAACUUUCAGAACAUUUCAGAAACGAACUCUGACGUAAUUAUUCGACAGCAAGGUGGACACCCACUAAACACACUUUCUGUUUUCUUAUCAGAAAAGAAAAUUGCUCUUGCUACUCUUCAUCACAUUUCAUCCAAUCGAACGUUUCUUUUCCACACCAAUCUGGAUAUGAUUCUCCCAUUUUGACACAACUGGCAUGGACUUGGUUAUAAUUUGCAUAAGUGAUUGGCUUUUCCACAAGUAAUUAUCGAUCAUUCCUACGGAACUUAUCAUUAUUAUUUCUUUCUCAUUCGAACUUUGGAUAUUAGAAGAAGAUUUUUAAUUUGUAAAGACUGUCCAGCAUAAUGGGUUGUGCCAAAAUCGGGGCUCGAACUUGCUUCGCAAUCGCUGUCGUGCUCAUCACCAUUGCUUUUUCGACACCCUAUUGGCUUCAAUCCGAUGGUCUUCUUCCUUAUCAAAGAUUUCAAAGAGUAGGAUUGUGGGAAGUUUGCUACACUACAUACCAGGAGUCUACCUACCUCAGAUACAAUAAUAAGUUCCGAAACUGUCGAUGGAUUUUUGACAAGGACUACUAUUAUCUCUUAGAUCUCUUUGAAACAGCUUUCUUCAUUGCAGUUCAAGUGUUUUUCACUGUUGGUUUCACAGCACUUCUUGUGAGUUGUGUCUUAAUUUUAGCUGUUCAUUUAUGUCUAAGUCAAGAGAAAGAAGUUUUGGCUGUCAGGCUCGUUGCAGUGCUUACAAUGAUAGCUGCAAUCUGUUGCAUUAUUGCGGUCAUCGUGUUUGGUGUGCAUGGUGAUGGAAGGGAUUGGAUGCCAGAUCCAGAUCACAAUUAUUUAUCAUGGUCGUUUGCACUGGGUGUAGUUGGAUCGUUUUUCAUUUUAGUUAGCUCAAUUUUGUUUUUCAUUGAAGCCAGCAAAGUGAAGAAGCGAGAAGAUGCACUGAACCACCAUGUUGCAUACCACAUGGAGCAAACACAUACUAAAGUUUAGAAAGUUUUAUAGCUAGAGGGAAAUACAUUCCGUCCAAAUAAUGUUGUGUUGAUAACAUGACACUUUUUUUUUCUUUGAAGAACUUGUAUCUCUUAAUUUAAACAUAUAACUGUAUUUUUUAAACAUAUGAAUCAGAAAUGCACAACAAAGUUUGGGUUGCAGGCAGAGAGAAAGAAAAAAACUUAUGAUGGAGGUUAACACUAGUAUAAAGCUGCAAUCAUUCAAAUUCAGGGUAUGUUUAUGUUCGAUUUAAAAGUAGUAUAAAUGACUUACACAUGCAUAACUAAAUUCUUUUACUCAAGUGCAGAUAAUAAAAAUUAAAUAUAAUUACAACAUUAUAAAGCAAAUUAUUAUGACAAAUGAAAAGAAGUUGAAGCAAAUUUUCAUUUAACGCAGACGUUUACUUUGACUAUUAUUCAAAAUACAAUUUUAAUUAUUGUUGCUGAAACAAUACGAGAUUAAUGUGGUGAUUGUGAUUGAAAUUUCGAAAUGAUAUAUAUUUCUUUUAAUAUUUAUUUAUCUUUUGAAUUCUGAACUUUUUAUUUAUUCAUUUUUUCAAUUCUUUAAUACUAACUCAUAAGAUUGUGGACUUUUUAUUUGUUAAUUUUUAAAAAAAAAAUUAUUUCUACUAAUUUAUAAGAAAUUACGUUUCUUUGGGAUCAUGGAUCCAAUUGCCGUAAACAAAAAUUGCUAAAUGAAAUUAUUUUAAUUUGAUACUUAGAACAGGCUUAUUUAGAUCAGUAAUUGACUCUUACAGAGCAGAGUAAAAAAAAAAAAAGAAGAUUUUUAUUGUUAUGUUUUUUUUAUGUAUAUGUGUAUGUUUAAUUUUAAGCAGUUCAAAGGUUGAGGUAAAAAGGUUUGGAGGACUUUUUUGUCCUGUGAGUCAUAGUUUGUGCAUUCCUGGUUUAAGUAAUAUCAGUGAUAGUUAUUUUUUUAAACUAAAGUUUGAAAUUCAUAUUUUUUUUAACACUCUGGGUCUUUUUUAAAAAUCAUAUUUGAUUUUCAUUUGUGUCAGAUUGAAUUUUUUAUAAUGUAGCAUGCAGAUAAAAAUUAAAAUAUAUAUGAAAAGUUAUGACAAUUUUAUCUUCAAACAUGCGUGUUAAAUUUUUUUUAUAUAUUUUAACUAAUUUUUAUGUCUGAAUUGGGUAAGUAAAAACUGUUGCAUUAUAUAUUUAAAAAAAACUUUAAACUUAAACCGUCCAUUUUUCUAUAUUGUGUUUUUUUUAUUAUCUUAUUUAAAGUAACUUGGGUCUUAUUUGUUGCUUGGUGAGUGUUUUGUUUGUGUAUACAAUUUAGAAAGGAAAUUAUAUGUCAAAUCACAUUUAUAUAGCAAUCUAAGAAGCUUUUAUGUUAAAUAAAAAUUUGUGCAUUGAAAUUCAUUUACAUAUUUAAAUCAUGUUUGUGAUAACUCUAGUAAUAUAUUUUUAGAGUCUUGAAACUGUUGAUCUAUGCAUUUUUUUAUAUAAUAACCAUUGACUUUUUUGUUGAUUUUUUAUGAAUAUUUUUAUUUAUAUGUAGCUUAAUUUAUGUAACCGGCAAUUUUUAAAUUAAGUCAAAAUGACAUUUUUCUGUGUUACAAUUUUCCCAAUAAUUUGUGUGUUAAAAAAACGUUUCUUUAUUUUUUUGUUUAUAAAUUAUCUCAGUAAAACGUAUAGUGAUCAAUAUUUUAAUGAAUUUGUAGCUUUCUUUAUCACUUUUUUGCUGAGUAAAACAAUUAUAUUUAUAUGUUUUAUUAAGAGAGUUAAAAAUAUUAAUUAAUAUAAUAUGUAAAUUAGCAAUUUUUUAUGAAAUUAGAAACGAAACUAUGUGUAAAGGUUAAUUAUGUAAAAAAUUGAGUUAUAUCUAUAAAGGUAUGUUUGAAUUGAUUUGUUUUUGAUUUUUUAAAAUAUGUUAUUAUGUUUGGUGAAUGUUAUUGUUUGUGUUAAACUGAAUUUCGUUCAUAUGCAAUAAACUGAUCUAUGUUUAAAGAAUCUAUUAUAUUAACAUGAAGAGCUUUUAUAAAUGAGGUUAAAAAUUAAAUUACAAGCAUGUAUAUUUACGAGUUUAGCAGGUAGGUUGCCUGUUAAAUAUUUUUUACGAUUUUAAUAAAAAGUCUUUUCAUUGAAAGUUUAAAUUUUGGUUUGAAUACUUUAUAAAAAUAUAUAUCUUUAUUUGCAUAUUUUCUAUACUUUAAAUUGUAAAGUGUUUUAAGAUUUUACCACUUUUUAUGCAUUUAAUUUUUUUUUUCAUUUCUAAUUGCAAAAUUUUAAUAAUCAUUUAUAUUUUAUACUAGAAAGCAUUCCAUUUAUUUUUCAUUAUUUUAUUUAAAAAUGUUUGUGAUGAAAUCUUAUAAAUGUUUUGAUUGUAAUAUAGAAUUUUAUGAGAUGCAUUGCAACAAAUUUUACCAAACACACAUAUUUGUAUAUUUCAUUUUUUGAAAGUCUUAUUUUUGUAGUUUAUGUGAAAUAAACUAUUUUGUACAAGCAA